AUGGCAAACCAGAAAGCUGAGGAUGAAAUAAGGGAAGAUAGGGUUCACCUGAGACGCAGCAUUAAUCUGGUGUCCGCGGUCUCCUUUAUUAUAGGCAACAUGGUGGGCAGUGGGAUCUUCAUCGCACCCAAAGGAGUGCACAUGAAUACAGGCAGUGUGGGACUCUCUCUGAUCGUCUGGCUGCUCUGUGGUCUCCUCUCUACAUUGGGUGCUUUGUGUUAUGCUGAGUUGGGUACGAGUUUCAAAAAGUCUGGCGGCCAUUACACAUAUUUACUUGAGACCCUUGGGCCACUUCCUGCAUUCCUGAGGCUUUGGUCCGAGUACGUUUUCAUCAGACCUGCAGUGACCGCAUACGUUUCACUGGCUUUUGGACAUUAUGUCAUAGAACCCUUUUUCACGCCAUGCCCAGCUCCUCUACCACUAAUUAAACUGACUAGUUUUCUUGGAGUGACAUUUUUGAUGGCGAUGAACUGCUGGAGUGUAUCACUGUCCAUUCAUACACAGGUCUUUCUCUUGAUUAUUAAACUCUUUGCUCUGGUUCUGAUCAUUGUCCCAGGAAUUACGGCCCUGGCCAAAGGGCGAACUGAAAACUUCGAGAAUGCAUUUAAUUUUGAGACGGUCACAUUAUCCAAGCUGCCUUUAGCUUUAUACUCAGGACUUUAUGCCUUCUCUGGAUGGUAUGUAUUAAAUUUUGUGACAGAGGAGGUUAUCAAUCCAAAAAAAAACAUUCCACUGGCCAUCAUUUUGUCCAUGAUCACAGUUAGUAUAUUAUACAUAAUGGUGAAUGUGGCAUAUUAUGCCAUGAUGACUGGAGACGAGCUGCUGAUAUCCAACGCCGUAGCAGUGACUUUCGCCAGCAAAGUUUUGCCCAUAAUGGCAUCACUGGUGCCCUUACUGGUGGCCAUGUCCUGUUUUGGAACCAUGAACAGUGACAUAAUUUCAACACCUAGGAUGUUGUUUGUGGGAGCCAGGGAGGGUCAAUGGCCAGCUAUGUUUUCUAUGAUACACAUCCGAAGAAAUACACCAAUGCCUGCUGUAUUAUUUACGGCCCCUCCCUUGAUUAUCAUGUUGGCAGGAGGGGAAAUAUAUCAAUUGAUUAACUUCGUCUCCUUCUCGCGUUGGCUUUUCAUCGCCCUUGUAACACUGGGGCUCCUCAUCCAUCGCUACCGAUUUCCAGAUCAUCCAAGAACUUUUAAGGUUCAUCUGGCUGUUCCUGUGACCUUCACCAUGGUGUGUUUCUUUAUCGUGGGCCUGUCUCUGUAUUCAGACACAUGGAACACUGGCUGCAGUUUAGCUAUUACGGGCACUGGGAUCCCAGUUUACUACCUGACUGUAAAGCACUCUUAUGUACCAACGCGUUUGAGAAAAGUCUUUGAUUACUGCACUUUGCAACUUCAGAUCUUGUUGGAGGUGGUACAGCAGGAAAUUCAGACCUACUAAAUGAGCACAAACAUUAGACUGAUUGGCAGGGCACACUUUGGCUAAUAAUUAAUCUGCAUUAACAACACCGUAUUAACGGAUUCUCAACAAAAUGUGAACAAAUGUUAAAACUAAUCAAAGAGAAAAAGUAAACAUGGCUUUAUUUGAAUGAAAUUCUAAAUUAUUAUUUGUAAUAUAUAAUAUAAAUAUAAAUUAUAUACAGUGAAACCUUGGAUUACGAGCAUAAUUCAUUCCAUAGGCGAGCUCGCAUUCCACACUCGUAAACAAUACAAAAAAAAUAGAAACUCAAAUUAUUCGUUCCACAGCCCCCCCCAAAAAAUACAUAAAAAUAACACACACACACACACACACACAUUAACAGAAAGACUGUUUUGUUGGAAAAACUAGCAAGGAACAUCGCUAACUUGUGUGAGCACAUACUAACGGAAUCAGUGUUUCUGUGUAAAGCAGAGAGUGUGUGUGUGGUGUGUGUGUGUGUGUGUGUGUGUGUGUGUGUGUGUGUGUGUGUGUGUGUGUGUGCGAAGCAGAGAGGGGUGCUUUGCACACACACACACACCAUUGGCUCAGUUGUGAUAACGUGAUGCUCGUCGUCAAUGUGAUACAUGAUACACAGUACUCGUAAACCAAGACUUGCUCGUUUUUUCAAGUCAAAAUUUAUUCUAAAUCUUUCCUCGUCUUGCGGAACACUCGCAAACCGCGUUACUCGCAAUCCGAGGUUUUACUGUGUAUAUAUAAGUCAACAUGGCUAUGUAUUUAUGUAUGUACAGUAUAGGCUUCUCCAUGCUUUAAGAGAUCUAGGCACAUAUAUAUGUCAUUCCCACGGUCAAAAUACUGCUAUGGUUUCAUCCCCUAAUACUCAGUAGAAGAGCGAGUAAACUGACCUUCAACAAAGUACCUGUAGAGCCUGUCUGAACUGUGGUCUGCAUAUCAGUAGCAGCAAUCACUAGGCGUUUAACUGUGACAGUAGUGUGAAUUUAAUUGACAUUAAGUAAAGAGGAAUUCCAUCACAAACGGACUGAGAAUAUAAAAAACGUAGCAGUGGUGCAUAUAGUCUUCGGAGUUUUGAUAAGAAAUGCUAUUUCAUCUAUAACAAAAUGAUAGUGACAGCUGUAUGCUUUGAAAAGGAGAAAAAAGUCAACUUUUUUUUGCCUUGUUAAAAUGGUAUCACUGUUACACACGUACAUUAUGGGCUUUCAGUUUAUGUAGAGUUCACUUAAUCGGAAUGUUGCUUUUACCGCCGCAGCCCACGGCGGCAGCAUUUGGGUUUGUGCGUUUCCUGGCUUUUACCGCUGAGUGGCGCUAUAUAACUAUAGACUGACGCCUCAGGCCUUAGUUCAAAUAAUACUAUAUAAGCUACAUAGCCUUUAUAAGACUCCACUUUUAUUUAAGUGCACUACCCAUUCAACAGUUAUGUUAGAACCUAAUCAUAUAUUAUUGAAACCUCCUUUUUUAUUAAUAAUAUUAUAAUUAAUUAUGAGAUCUCGCAAGCUGUUAGCAGUAUGGUUAAUUUGAAACAAUCAGUAAGUCAAACUGUAGUUUAUGAGCAAGACCUUGGUGCUGCCCUGAUGCAUAGUUGACAAAACCAUGAAGGGUCUUUGUCUGGUGUAUUUGCUAGGCAUGCUUCAUGAAACCACCUUUUGCAUUUAUCACACUGAAUCUGCAUGAAAGAUUUAACAUGAAAUUGUGAGCAAAGAAUAUACCCUUUCAACUCCUAGCAAGAUUCAAUAAGAACAAAUGCACAAAGCAGAUGAUUUUUUACAUUAGCUUGGAUAGACAGGUACAUGCAAAAAAAUGUAUAGCACAUAAGAAUUGAGGGGCUUUCAGGAAUACCACUAUAAAUAAAUUGCACAUUC